ACAGGUGGACACACUUGUCUUACUCCACCCUACAUAUUGAGCACCAGAACUUAAUCGUGUUGCGCAAUGCUUGUAGGUGGGAAUACUUAACACAGAAGACACCAUGAAAAACACAGCUUCCAGUUGCCAGGUCCAGCACUUUCAUGUCUGAACCCACAAACCUUGAUGCAUCGAUUCAGCUCAGCUCUAGUUUUCCUGCAGAAUCUGCCAUCGCAUACAGCCAUGAAGCUCCCAUUAUUCAGUUUGGAAGCGCUUAGAAUCACGAAGGAGAUGGUGAAGCAUUUCCAUGAGUUUGUGUCCACAAGGCUCGGUUCCCUCUCCAAGUGUACAGCAGAUCUGUUCAGACGCUCUUACUUGUUUCUGGUAUUCAAAAGCAAUCCUUUGGUAGUCCAGCUUAUUUACCUCAUGUCAAUAUCUUUUGCUGGUUUCCUUGCUCUGAAGAACCUCGCACCACUGAAUAAGCCAUCUCCAAGGAACUUGGAUCUGAUAUUCACCUCUGUGUCCACAGUGACGGUGUCAAGCAUGGCAACAAUUGAGAUGGAGGACUUCUCUGGCCAGCAGCUCUGGGUUUUCAUCAUACUGAUGAUAUUGGGAGGAGAAGUGUUCACUUCUAUGGUAGGGCUGCACUUCAAAAAUGCUCGGGCAAACACUGAGGGUGCUCUCCAGACAAGAUUGGCUUUCAUAAGCAGGGACAUCGAAUCCUCUGAUGAUUUCAACAACAGCAGUCAGAAUUAUAUGGAAGGCAUCCAGCCAGAGGAAACCAUGCCACACAACCAGGUACAGGAAAGCAAAGGGAUGAAUCAUAAAUCUCGCAAUAUUUUGGCUCAUGUAGUAGCAGGCUAUUUCAUAGCCGCAAUAGUUUGCAGCUCUGUAGUCAUUACCAUCUUCCUAUGGAUUGACUCCGAUGCAAGGCAUCUACUGAAGAGUAAGCAUAUCAAAAUGUGGACAUUCUCAAUCUUCACAGCAGUAUCAUCAUUUGCAAACUGUGGCUUCACUCCGUUAAAUGAUAGCAUGGCAAUUUUCAAAAAUAACCCGACUUUCCUUCUUCUAGUUACCCCACAGAUUCUUGUAGGCAACACUUUGUUUGCGCCACUGUUGAGGUUAAGCAUAUGGACCUUGGGAAAGCUGAGCAGCAGAGAAGAGUACGCCUACAUCCUUCAGCACCCAAAGGAGAUUGGAUACAGGCAUUUGCAACCUCAUAAGAAUUCUGUCCAAUUGGUUCUGACUGGGGUGAUGCUAAUUUUGCUGCAAGCGAUGCUUAUUUGUUAUUUUGAAUGGGAUUCGAAAUCCUUGGAGGGAAUGGGAUGGUUCCAGAAAUUGAUAGGCUCUCUGUUCCAGAGUGCCAAUUCAAGACACGCUGGUGAAACUGUCAUUGACAUCUCGACCCUUUCUCCACCGAUUAUGGUGAUAUUUGCACUUGUCAUGUACCUUCCUUCUGGUACUUCAAUCCUUGCUACAUGUGGUGAUAACCGAAGCUUAGCGGAUAAAAAGGAAAAUCCGAAUGGCAGAGCAACGUGGAAGAAGUUUGCCAUGACCAAGCGUACUUGUUUAGUAAUAAUCACGAUUUUGGCAUGUAUAACUGAGAGGAAGUCAAUGACUGCCGAUCCACUCAAUUUCAGCAUCUUCAGCGUAAUAUUCGAAGUGAUGAGCGCAUACGGCAAUGUAGGGUACUCGCUCGGCUACAGCUGUGACAAGUUACUGAGGCCUGAUUCCGCGUGCAGAGACGCCUCGUACGGGUUCGUCGGCAGAUGGAGCGACAAAGGGAGACUGAUCAUCAUCCUGGUGAUGUUCCUCGGAAGGUUCAAGGCGUACACCCUCAAAGGGAAGAAAACCCUGAAUGUGCAUCCAUGUAGAAGGACAGCACCGCAUCAGAGGCCAGAGGUGGCUGGAAAUUAGGAGCCUGCAUAAGAUGGACCCUGAGCGUGUAGAUCGGCUCGAAUGGCACCGCUUUGGGCGUGACCAAAGGAGAAUGUAUUAUAGCAACCCUAAACGACCAGAGAUGUUCAUAGCGUUAGCUGUAAUGUUGUAAGAUCUUCACCCUGGAUACCUGUAGCCUGUAGGCAGUGGUGGUAUGAAACCCUGAGGAAGAGGAGGGCUUGGAUGGA